UGUGAAGCAACAACAGUCUUUGGCCGAUCGCGUUUUGUGUUGAAGCUGCCAGGAAAGUUAGAUGGUUCCUUUGGGGAAACUGUUGCUGCAGGUUCCUUCUCGAAGUGUGCGCAGUCUGAUUUUCAGAGCCAUGUCGGCGAACUCCGGCGAAUUGUUGAUUAACAGUCCCAAGUACGCAUUUUUGAAGGAGUUGGGAUUGAGCGAGACGAAUCUGGGGGUGUUUGAUGGGGAGUGGAGGGCAAACGGCCAGACAAUCCAGUCAAUAUGCCCCAGCAACGGGUUGGCAAUCGCCCAAGUGAAACAGGCCUCUCCAUCCGACUAUGAACACGCCAUUCAAGCGUCUGAGGCUGCGUGGACGGUUUGGGCCGACCUGCCUGCCCCUAAACGAGGAGAAAUCGUCAGGCAGAUAGGAGACGCUCUUAGGAGCAAGUUGCUGCCAUUGGCCCAGCUGGUCUCUUUGGAAAUGGGCAAAAUCUUGCCGGAAGGAAAAGGCGAGGUGCAGGAGUAUAUAGAUAUUUGCGACUAUGCCGUCGGACUUUCUCGCAUGAUUUCGGGCGCUCUGAUCCCCUCAGAACGUCCGGGACACGUACUGAUGGAGAACUGGAACCCCCUGGGAGUAAUUGGCGUUAUUUCGGCAUUCAAUUUUCCGGUAGCAGUUUAUGGUUGGAACAGCGCUAUUGCUAUGGUGUGCGGCAACACGGUUUUCUGGAAAGGCGCCGAAACCACGCCCCUUAUCUCGAUCGCCACGACCAAAAUCGUGGCAGGCGUGCUGGAGAAGAACAACCUACCAGGAGCGAUCGCCACUUUGUGUACUGGCGGCGCGGACAUUGGCCAAGCCCUGGCUUCAGACCGGCGCAUUAAGCUGCUUUCGUUCACUGGCAGUUGCCAAGUGGGGCGGCUAGUGGCCGUGGAGGUGCAGAAGCGCUUUGGAAAGAGUCUGCUGGAAUUGGGCGGCAACAACGCUCUGAUAGUGGCAGAGGAUGCCGACCUGAAGAUGGUAAUUCCUGCCAUUUUGUUUGCCUGUAUCGGCACGUCUGGGCAACGCUGCACGACCACGCGAAGGCUCAUCGUGCAUCAAGCGGUUUACGACGAAGUCCUGCAGAAGCUGAAAACGGCGUACGCGCAGGUGAUGGGGCGGAUUGGGGACGCGCUGGGGGAGCACGUGCUUAUUGGUCCGGUGCAUUCCCAGAAUGCAGUGAAGCAGUACAAGGAAACCCUGGCGUUGAUUCGGCAAGCUGGAGGCACUGUUGAAUUGGGCGGCCAGGUCCUUAAGAGGCCGGGAUAUUUUGUGGAACCCACCAUAGUGACGGGAAUCGCACACGAUCAUGACCUGGUGCACACUGAAUGCUUCGCCCCCAUUUUAUACGUGCUGAAAGCCAGCAGUGUGGAACAGGCCAUUGGCUGGAACAAUGAAGUGCCCCAAGGACUCUCGUCCAGCAUAUUCACGCAGAACAUCUCCAGCAUAUUCAAGUGGAUCGGCCCGAAGGGCUCCGACUGCGGCCUGGUGAACGUGAACAUCCCCACUUCGGGGGCGGAGAUAGGCGGCGCGUUUGGCGGCGAAAAACACACGGGGGGCGGCCGCGAAUCGGGGAGCGACUCUUGGAAGCAGUACAUGCGCCGGUCCACCAUCACGAUUAACCACUCGAAGGAGCUACCAUUGGCGCAGGGCAUCAGGUUCGAGUGAAAGUCGUUUUGCUAAAAAAAUCCCAUAUGUAUAGCUUGGAUAAAACCAGAAGACAAUAAUAAAGUAUGUAUGUAACUGAUUAA